CGCCCGCGGCGCAUAAGGCUAAGGCUUUCCGACUUCAGCUACAGUGCUAGCUAAGUCGGGGAAGGCAACACGGAGCGAAGCCGCGCGUCCCCCCGCCUCGUCUCGACAUCGGGCUCUGGCAGCGGCUGAGCGGGCCAGCAUGGCGCGGGGAGCGGAGCCGGCGGGCGAGCGGCGGCGCUGCGGAUCUGUGGUUGCCUAUUUCACGUCUGCAAAGUUUCUUCUUUAUCUUGGACAUGCACUGUCCACUUGGGGAGAUCGUAUGUGGCAUUUUGCUGUGUCUGUAUUCCUGGUUGAACUUUAUGGAAACAGCUUACUCCUGACUGCAGUCUAUGGACUGGUUGUGGCGGGAUCAGUUCUUCUCCUGGGAGCCAUUAUUGGAGACUGGGUGGACAAGAACUCCAGGCUCAAAGUGGCCCAGACAUCCUUGGUUGUACAGAACGCAUCUGUCAUCCUGUGUGGUAUUAUCCUGAUGAUUAUCUUCUUGUUUAAGACACAGCUUUUGACCUUAUACCAUGGAUGGCUUCUUACGAUGUGCUAUAUCCUGGUUAUCACAAUAGCAAAUAUUGCCAAUUUGGCCAGCACUGCCACAGCGAUCACAAUUCAGAGGGACUGGAUUGUUGUGGUUGCAGGGGAAGACAGAAGCAAACUGGCAGAUAUGAAUGCCACAAUAAGAAGAAUUGAUCAGUUGACCAAUAUCUUGGCCCCAAUGGCAGUUGGUCAGAUAAUGACAUUUGGCUCCCCGAUGAUUGGCUGUGGAUUCAUUUCUGGCUGGAACCUGAUGUCGAUGUGUGUGGAAUAUCUGCUGCUCUGGAAGGUUUAUCAGAAAACCCCUACUCUGGCUCUCAAAUCUGCAAAAGUUGAAGAAUCGGAACUGAAACAGCUGAAUGUAAAGAAAGAGAGUGACAUGAAACCUGCAGAAGGAGUGCAGUUAAUUGUUGAGAAAGAUGUAACUGGCUUUGAGCCCCAACAGGAGAAGGAAAUCAGCUGCGCUGCCCGGAUUGCUGAACCUUUCAUCACGUUUCGUGAUGGAUGGGUUGCGUACUACAACCAGCCAGUGUUUCUUGCAGGCAUGGGUCUUGCAUUUCUGUAUAUGACUGUUCUGGGCUUUGAUUGUAUUACUACAGGCUAUGCAUACACUCAGGGUCUGAGUGGCUCUGUGCUAAGCCUCCUGAUGGGUGCCUCGGCAGUCACUGGAAUCAUGGGAACAGUAGCUUUCACUUGGCUUCGUCGCAAAUGUGGCCUGGUUCGCACGGGCCUUAUUUCUGGAGUUGCUCAAUUUGCUUGUCUGGUCUUGUGUGCCAUCUCUGUAUUCAUGCCUGGAAGUCCUCUGGAUUUGACUGUUUCCCCAUUUGCUGACAUCAGUGCCAGGCUGUUUGAAAGUGAACCAUUACCUACUAUAGCACCUCCAGAAGAUAAGCCUGAAAUGGUUUUUGCAACUGGAAUGCCCAGCUUGUUAAACGGGUCUACUACUCCUGCUAACGGCGACCCAGAGAUGAGUCCUGAGCCUGUGCCUUUAAUCUCUGUUAGUCUCCUGUUUGCAGGAGUCAUUGCUGCUAGAGUUGGCCUUUGGUCCUUUGAUUUGACUGUCACACAGUUGCUCCAAGAAAAUGUGGUAGAAUCUGAAAGAGGCAUCAUAAACGGUGUCCAAAACUCCAUGAAUUAUCUUCUUGAUUUGCUGCACUUCAUCAUGGUCAUCUUGGCCCCAAACCCUGAAGCUUUUGGCUUAUUGGUGCUUAUUUCUGUGUCUUUUGUUGCAAUGGGCCACAUAAUGUACUUCAGAUUUGCCCAAAAAAGCUUGGGAAAACAACUUUUUGUUUGUUGCACUCCUGAUCCCAAAGCAGUCUCUGACAGUUCACCACCUGGUAAUACAUCUACUGUCUGAAAGGAUCCACUUCUCUUACUAACUUGCUACACAGAUAUCAUGGUUAAACACAUAUACUGCCUUUUGUGACCCUAAGGUGUUUCUCUAGAGUUGAAUACGUACCUUAGCUGUUUGAGGAAGCUGUCCCAAGAGAGCUAAAAUUCAUCUUACAGUGACCCUGUUAAAAUGUUUCAUGUUUGGCAGAGGACAACCUAGUUGGAUCUUGACAGCUGAUGUUUCAAAGGAUCCCCACAAGUUAUACAUCUAGUCACAAAAAUAAUGCUGAAUUUCUGUUGCUGACCCCCACAGAGUGAUACUGUUUAGUGAUUAUACAUACUCUAUUUGUUCAUGAAUUCUGAACAAUUCUUGUGCUCAUUGAGCAAAACGAGGGUUUUUUUAGUUGCUUCAGAAUAACUUGAUAUACAGUAUUUGGUUUCGUGGGGUUUUUCUGUUUUUCCCUUACAAUGAACAGUUCUGCUCCCCUAUCUUCUCAAAUUGGUAUAAACAUCCUUCUUGGAUUCCUGAAGCGGACUCUUUAAGUUCCGAUGUUUUCCCAAAAUACCUUUUUAGUAUUCUAUCUGUUUUGGUUUAACUUUACAGAAACACCUUUGUAGUUUUUUUGCAUGUUUCCUUACAAAUUAGACGAGUGCUAGGUACAAGAUAGUGUAUUAGACUUUCGUUGCACUUCAUAAAGUAAAACAUAGCCUCAUUUUAGCAGAAGGUAUUGAUGUAACAUUAUAAAGCAUGGCUUUUUUUAAUUGCAAAUGACAGGUCUGCUCAGGUUUGAUGUAGCAGAAAGUGCUAAGGUCAGGAGUACUGGUACAGAAAGAUAAAGUCUAGGGCUAACUUAGUUUUUGCCUCAGAGUAUAAGCAGCUUUAGUUUAUUUUUGAAUGCUAUUGUUUUCAGAAACCCUAUUAAAGCCUGAUGUAUUGGAAAAUUAUUAGUAUUCCAGGCGAAAGAAGUAAAAGAAGUGGAUUACUUGCAUUUAUCUGUUUUACAUGUAUGUGAAUUUUGACUCAGUUUGUUCUAAAAUACCGCUAAAACAAUGAGAUAUUGGACUGUGUGGCCCUCUAAAGCAAUGUCCGAGCAAUGAAGAAUGGUAUAUCCCUUUGAUUUUCAAGAAGUUCUGGCGUUUGGUUUUUUUACCCUGCAUGUGUACUAACACAGCACUUCCAUAGUCAUUAACUGUAUGUGCACUUUUGUGGAAGCUACUCUACGCACUUUGCUUUCUCAGUAGAGUUGAACCCAGUAGCGUUCUGAGUUUUCCUAUGGCAUGACAGUAUGACUUCUAGACUUAAAUCUUUGUAAAAUAUUUGUUCGCAAAGUAAGUAGUAUGCAAAAACAUACGUCAGCAACUUGUGAAAAGUAUCCUCUGUAACUUUUAAGGUUUUUUUUAUUUUAGGUACUGUCCUUCGCACAGUCAUCUAUGUUGCCAGACUUCAACCCUGGAAUGUAAGUGUGUGAACUCCACUGACAUUAAAGGCGUUAGACCAGGGCUGAAUCUAGGCCAUUCAUCUUAAAAUUUGUAAUGAUUACAUUAUAUAUCAAACUGAAUAGAAUGUAAAAAACCUCUAGUGGCUUUUGUCUCAGAUACAAUAUUUUGUAAGAGGAGUGAAAGUGAAUGAAUGGGAAUCCAAUGUACAACCAAUGUACUUGCAGCCCUCAGUAUUCAACAACUGGACAUAACAAUUUUUCUCCUCUAAUGGACCAAAACUAAUCAUUACUGUUAUGUUACUGAAAGUUUCUCAGGGAUGUUUUCACUAGGUUUAUAAGUGUUUAUACUUUGACCAAGCUUUUGGGUUUUGUUUUGAUACAAUAAAGUAAAAUAUGUAAAUUAGAGUAGUUUUAAAAUUUGUGACUCAAUCCUGAGUGUAACUUCUUAAGGAAAAGGGAAUUUUGCCAUGAGCAGAAUUUAAAAGUCAGAAGACAAAUAAAAAAAGCUUAUCUAGAUUUGUAGAAUAAAUAUGCCCAAAGGAUAGUCUAUACAGUAUGUGAUAAGUAUACUAGAAAAUAAAAUACCUCUGAUUUGCCAAAUAUGUUUUCUCAUGUGUAUCUAAUCUAAAUUGGGACCAGAUUUAAAUAUUGCUGAAUAUAAAUAAAGGUAGCCCAAAUGUCAGUGAAAGCCUCUAUACUGCACUUUGAACAUGUGAAUGCCACUGUAUAUAUUGGACUCACUGGCCAUCAGGGAAACAAAGCUGAAAAUGCAGCUUCUUGUGGGCUGUCUAUAGCCUACAGAACCCAGUGUGCCUAAAGCUUAAUGCUGUAGCACUAAGCACCAGACAUCCCAGAGAGGAUGUAUUCCUGAAGUCUAGAGAGCUCUAAAAACAUAACAAAUAGAGCUGGGAGCAUACCAUGUUCCUAUCUGUUCCCAAAGUCUUUUUUUUUCCCCAAGAGCAAUGUAGUCUUAUUUCAGUUGAGUAGCAAUUUGUUUCAUAAAUAGUUCCACUAGAUAGUGCAGUCUGGAUCUCAAGCCAAAAAAGAAGUAUUGGGAGGGGACUGGACCUUUGUAUUUUGUACACAUAAUGUUGCUAGGAUUCAUAUGUGCAGAUACGCAGGUGGAAGGCAAGACAAUCCUAAAAGAGAAAGGUGGAUGCUAGCUUUAAGAGAAAUAAGGAGGUCUGAAUUGGAAAUCUUGUAUGUAUUGGUCUGAGUCAGAUGUCAAAAAAUGUAUGCUGCUUGAGCACAACCCAUUUGUGUGUAAGUCUAAGAUGUACGCAGACACCUGUACUGAUUAGUGCUUUGAAGCAAUGUGGAGUCUGAAGCCUUACUUAGCAGGACUUUCAAUAAGUAAGCAUUUUUGGCCUUGUAUUUAUUUAUUUUUUUUAAAAUGUGUCCGAUUUGGAUGAAAACUGCCCUUAAAAUGUACGCACUAGAAAUCAAUCUUACCAGAAUAGCAUAUUUUAUUAUACAACCUUAUGCUGGACAUAGUAUUGAUUUAUGUAUUACUAUUGUUAAAGCUAAUGAAUAAAUUUGCAUAAAAAUUUA